AUGGGAAACCAACAAUCAAAAAAAUCAAAACGGCGUUACUUCAAACCACCCGUCAAAGAAAUUUCUAGCAUAAGUAGUGAUGAACAUCUAUCAAGUCGAACGGAUUCAGCAACAUUUCGAUACGUGGGCGGCCGAAAAUUCUAUCGAGAUCUUCCUAGUGUACUCCCGGCUGACGAGAGUGAAUUGGAGAGAAACGAGAAAAAACAAAUCAUAGCAAGACUUGCAUGGCAAGGGAAUUUCUCCUCACCAAUCGAAGGUUAUUUAAAAGCUGGUGGAUUAAAAAUAUUGGACGUUGGAUGUGGUUCAGGAACAUGGAUAAUCGAAAUGGCCAAAGCAUAUCCAUUAUGCACAUUCACAGGUGUUGAUAUUGAUAUCACUUCAAGUUAUUCAAGAGAGCUGCCAGAUAAUGUUGAAUUCAUAGAAGCCAAUCUCCUUAACGGGAUACCAAUUAAAAGCGGUGAAUUUGAUUUUGUGGUUAUGCAUUUUUUAAGUGGUUGUUUCACGAUGCGACAAUUGGAAUCAAUAAUCAUUCAAGAAGUUGCCCGUGUUAUGAAACCUGGCGCAUGGCUUGAAUGGAUGGAGAAUGAUCCGGAUCUAAAAAAUCAAGGAGAAAUUACAAAAAAAUUAUUACAAGCUUUCUUGUCGGGAGUAAAGUCGAAAGGUAUAAAUUCGUGGAUUACCGUUGAAAUUCCAAAGAUUUUGACUAAAAGCGGAAUAUUUGACAAUAUAAGGGUCGGAAAACGACCAGCUACAUAUAGUUCUGCUGGUGGAAUAGGUGGCGAAUUGUAUAAAGAGAUUUUUGUCGAAGUAUUUCAAGCUUUAAAAAAGCAUACCAUGGAAUUUAUGAGUGUCACAUCUAACGAAUAUGAUCAACUACUCGACAGAGUAAUCGAAGAGUUCGAACAAUAUCAAACAAGCAACGAUAUUCAUCGGUUUUGUGCGCAAAGAAAAUAA